AUGGGCUGUCAGGCUACAAUAUACCUCGACACCUUCAAAGGUGGACGUCCAGAUCAAUAUGGUUGGAACGUGGCACGAACAAGCGGCGUGCGCAGUGUGUUUUUUGCUGCGUGCAUGCUUCAAUCGCAGAAUCAGCGGUGCGUGGGAUGCAAUCCUAUAUGGAAGUGUUUGCGGUCGAGAAACGAGCAAGGACAGGCAGGGGGUGGAACAGGGGAUGGAACUGGACGGGGUGCUGCCUCGAGACUGCGGAACAGGGACCUGGGGCCUGUAAUUGUGGUUGAGGUAUUGGAUAGCCAAAUGUUGGCGGACCUUCAUGGAAAGAUUGAAAGAUGUUUCAAGAAUCUUCCUCUGGUUAGCGAUAUUCACCUCAUUCUUCUAAUUUCAAAUUGGCUAACCUGUCGAACAGGUUCUAACAGCCAUCUCCCUCAUAUCCCAGUCCAUAUCCUAGUCUGUAUCCCAGUCCAUAUCCCAGUCUGUACCCCAGUCCUUAUUCCAGUCCGUAUCCCAGUCCCUAUUCCUCUUGACACCCCUCCUUUCAGCAGACACUAUAAAUAUGUCUUUCACAAACACAUCCCAAUCUUCCUUGAAUACAACAAAGAAGAUUGGGAUGUGUUUGUGAAAGACAUAUUUAUAGUGUCUGUUGAAACAAAGGGUGUCAAGAAGAAUAGGGACUGGGACAUGGGCUGGGAUACAGACUGGGAUACAGACUGGGCUAGGAGAGAGUUGGAAAACAAGUUCAUAGAAAUUCUGCCAGAGUGA